AGUCAGGAGUGGAUGGGAUCAGAGGGAAGCAAAAAAUGAGUUGCAGCUGAUUACAAGUCAGAAGAAUGCUUUUUUUUUUAAAUCUGCAGCUGAGUUGUUGGUGACCUUUGCUGUCAGGUGUUUGGGGAAAGCAGUAUUUAAUAGAGUGUGUCUUCUGCUUUUGAAGAAGAACAAAUUCAUGAUUGAAUAGUGGAUUAAGUAGCAGUUUCUCUUUGAAGAGUGAGAUCUCCUGAAAGCUGGGAAGAACUGGAUUUUCACCCUAGUCCAGCAGCUUUGCUGCUCACUUAAACACAGAUGAAUGAAGACCCCAUUUGGAAAAUCACCAGGUCAGCGAUCCAGAGCUGAUGCGGGUCAUGCAGGAGUCUCUGCCAGCAUGAUGAAGAAAAGAACUUCCCACAAAAAGCACAGAAACAAUGUGGGACCAAGCAAACCUAUUUCUCAGCCACGAAGAAACAUUGUAGGCUGCAGAAUACAGCAUGGAUGGAAAGAAGGGAGUGGACCUGUAACACAGUGGAAGGGCACAGUUCUUGACCAAGUUCCUGUAAAUCCCUCUCUUUAUCUUAUAAAGUAUGAUGGAUUUGAUUGUGUAUAUGGACUAGAGCUGCACAAGGAUGAAAGAGUUUCUGCACUUGAAGUCCUUCCAGACAGAGUUGCUUCAUCUCGAAUUAGUGAUGCCCACCUGGCAGACACAAUGAUUGGAAAAGCUGUGGAACAUAUGUUUGAGACAGAAGAUGGCUCAAAAGAUGAAUGGAGGGGGAUGGUCUUGGCUCGAGCUCCUAUUAUGAACACAUGGUUUUAUAUUACCUAUGAGAAAGAUCCUGUCUUGUACAUGUACCAACUCUUAGAUGAUUAUAAAGAGGGUGACCUUCGCAUUAUGCCUGAUUCAAAUGAUUCACCUCCUGCAGAACGGGAACCAGGUGAAGUUGUGGACAGCCUGGUAGGCAAACAAGUGGAAUAUGCCAAAGAAGAUGGCUCAAAACGGACUGGCAUGGUCAUUCAUCAAGUUGAAGCCAAACCAUCUGUCUAUUUCAUCAAGUUUGAUGAUGAUUUCCAUAUUUAUGUCUACGAUUUGGUGAAGACAUCCUAGACAUCAUUGUGAACUCUGCCAAAUUUGUGGAACUAUUAAAUGUAAAAUUUGUAGACACAAAGACUUGACUGCUUUCCAGUUUAAUGAAAGCUUAAAUGUCCCUGCGAACCCACAAUCUCUGCCAGCAAAACUGUUUUGUUCUGAAUAAUAGGAAAAAAAUUGUGUGAACAUGAUACAUUUUGUGUAAGAGAACUCCUUUUCUUGGAGGAAGUCAGUAUAUCUCAACAGGAGGAAGUUAAGAGCAAAAAACAGCUGCAAAUUCAGGCUGUGUAAAUUUGAUCCAGUAUUGUAGUCCUUAAUCUAAAUUUUUUUCAUAGAUUUUAACUUUCUUCAACUUUGCACUCACCUCAUGCAAGUGUAGUUUGAUAUUUUGAUAUACCUUCUUUUAUAACAUUAAAUUUAAUUUCUUGGCUACUGGCAGUCCUUGUUUUCAGGGUUGGGACAGAAUUGAUGUUCAUUCAAAACUGAAAGGUUUGAAUGAUUUGUUCUGCAUUAAGGAGUGCCUAACCCAAGUAACACCAAUCUGCUGUGUUUCUACACUUUAUUUUAAAUACAGCUUCUUAAGAAUUUGCAGUACAUGGAAAUACUUGUGCAUUUUUAGUAGUCACAUGGCUGUAGAAUAUCCAGUGUUUGACUUGCACAACUUUCAGUGAAAAGUCUUAAAACUACAAAAUAUAUUUAAUCUGUAUAACCAGUUAUCUAGAAAAUGCAAGGUUAAUAGCCCGUAUUUACAAGUUGUAGGAACCGGUAACAUACAAGCAACAA